AAAUGAUUAAAACGCUAGUUACCAACUAUUUCAGAGUGUAUUCAACUUUAUAAAAACUCUACUCUAAGCACGUCUAUAAAUAUCAUGACAAUAUUUAUACUGUGAAUAGAUAUGUAAAAUGGAGAAUUCAGAAUUUAUUAUAAAAACUGUUAUUCAUGUAGGAACAAAGCAUGUUACCUUUGUUCCUGGAACAAAAGUUGUAUUUCACUUUAAAACAACAAAAUGUGAUACAAAUAAAACUGUAAUAGAUGAUAGUAGAAUUCUGGGAUCCCCAAUGGAAUUAAUUUUAGGAAAAAAAUUUAAACUCGAAGUAUGGGAAGUAAUAAUACAAAAAAUGGCAUUAAAUGAAGUGGCUUGUUUUAAAAUAGAUAAAAGCCUAGUCACCGCAUAUCCUUUUGUGUCUAAAACAUUAAGAGAAGUAGGUAAACCGCAAUCUGAAAAGCGUAGUCAUCAUUGUUGUGGAGUUACUUUACAAAAUGAAGGAAUUGGAUAUGAAGAUUUAAAUGAACUUAUUAAGUAUCCUCAAGAUUUAGAAUUCACAAUAGAACUGAAACAAAUAAUAUUACCAAAUGAAUACGAAAAAGAAACAUGGCAGAUGACCGAGGAUGAAAAACUUAAAAGCGUGCCAGAUUUAAAAGAAAAAGGAAAUGUUUUGUUCAAAAAUAAAGAUUAUGAUAAAGCUUCUGAAAUAUAUGCCAAAGCUAUUGGAAUUUUGGAACAACUUAUGCUUGCAGAAAAACCAAAUGAUGAGGAAUGGUUAACUUUAAAUAAAAUGAAAGUACCAUUAUUAUUGAAUUAUGCGCAAUGUAAAUUAAUAAACAAAGAAUAUUAUUCGGUUAUAGAACAUUGUACAACAGUAUUAAAAAUCGAACCAGAUAAUGUUAAAGCUCUAUAUAGAAGAGGAAAAGCUUAUAUCGGUACAUGGGAUGAAGAUAAAGCCACCAAAGAUUUGAAAAAAGUUACAGAAUUAGAUCCUUCCUUGCAGAAUAUGAUCGAUAAAGAAUUACAAGUACUUGCAACAGUCAUUAAAGAAAAUGAUAGAAUACAACAACAAAAACUUGCACAAAUGUUUAAAUAAUUAUAAAUGUAUAUAUUAAAUGAUUAUUAUAAGUGAGUGUAAUUAUAUCUUUCUCAUCAAUUUUAUCUCGAGUUCAAAGUACAUAAAAAGAAAGUGGGAUUAUCAAAAACAACCAUUGCUGGAUUUCAUUGAUUACCAUAAUUUUUCAAAAAUAUAAAUGCAGUUUUUGAAGGAAUAUUAUUUAAAAAUAAUUAGUAAAAAAUAGUACUUAUAUUUUUCUGGUACACGAAGAAGAUUUGGAUGAAUCGAUCAAAUCUAUAAGCAAAGGAUAUAGGAUUGAAGAAAGUUAUAUUAACUAAUAAAAUCAUAUCAUAGCUUUAACUUCUAACAAUAAUAUAUUUCGAAACAUAUUGUCAAUGGGGGAUAAACAUUAUAACAGAUAAACUAUAUAUUGAAAUAUAAAAUUCUGAAGUUU